AUGAAUUCAGAAUGUCAGGAUACCCAGUACUACAACAUUCCUCAGUUAAAACUUGCUGUUGCAUUUGCAAUCCUUCGGAUGAAACCUCCAGAACUGUCUGCUCGAAAAUACACAGAGAUGAUACAGGCCCAGUAUUUGUCAUCUUGUUCACGUCUGCAAGACCAGAACCACCAGAAAAAGACGCAGAUGCCACAGUCGCAGCAGCAACAGUUUGACAAGACUGUAUUUUUGCAAGACAAAAACACUUCUGCAG